GCGGGGCGCAGUGUUGCCGGAAGUUGUCAUUACACCAGGACCAUAGCAUUGGGAGUUAGAAACGCUGAAACGAAAAUGUUGAUUUGACAUAUAAGUAAGAGCCGUGAAUAUCGUCAGCAUGAGUCGUUUACAGAGACUGGACGAUUGGUUAAUGGGGGUCAUAACCACCAUACAACCAUACCUCGUCGAGGUUGCCUAUUUCACAUUCUUUCUCUCUCGACACAUGACUUUACCGUUGUUCCAGGAAUAUGUACAGUCCGAGAUAUAUAAACAGCGUGGUCUCAACAACACCGUAGUUGACCACGAGGAAAUUUACUUCCCGCCUGAUGACGAGAACCAGUCCGGUCCUUACUAUGAGGCGCACAAGGAAAGUAUCAUGGCUGUUUUGGGGUUGCAAAUGGCUGAAGGACUCCCAUCCGUGGUAACUGUCAUCAUUUUGGGAGCACUAAGUGACAGAACUGGCAAAAGAAAGAUGUUGCUAUGGGUGCCGGCUUUUGGAAGCCUGCUUUACUCCCUCAUCUAUAUCCUUAUCCUGUACACAAGUUGGACCAUUGAUGGGCUCUUCAUGGCCUCAGCAUUGAGAGGUCUCAGUGGAAGUAUGACAGCAUUUUAUGCUGGCGCUACCUUUUUUGCAAUUAAUUCUGUUGAGCCAGAGAAAAGAGCGUGGCGGCUUGCUCUUCAGGAAUUUCUGAAUGGUGCAGCAUAUGCAAUUGCAAAUAUCAUGGCAGGAUUCUGGGUAAAAGAUUGGGGCUUUCUUCAGCCAUUUUGGUUCACUGUAAUUUGUAGCGCAAUAGCAUUCCUGAUAUCAUUCUUCCUGGUCAAGGAGGUCAAAAUUCCGGAAAGUGUUCAAACCACCAGGAACUACACAACUGAAAACUGCUGUAUUGAUACAUUCAAACCAAUGGGGAAGUUUUUCCGAUGUACCAAUCGUAAGAUGGUCAAAAUAUGGCUGGCAAUUCUUGCUUUUCAGACGUACGCAAUUGUUCACAUUGGGCAGAUAAAUACUCUCGUCCUGUACCUACGAGGACCUCCCUAUGGUUGGCCAACUGCCAGGAUUGGUAUGUUCCUAUCAGUCAUCAUGGCUGUCGCGGCUAUCGGGACUGUGUCUACUCCACCUGUUCUAAAGCUGAUACUCUCGGAUACCAGUAUUACCUUUGCUGGUCUCUUCUCCAAGGCUAUUGGAACACUUUGGAUAGCUGUUGUUAAAAAUGAAACGGUCCUUUACUUUUCUAUACUACUCUUGGUGUUGGAGUUACUUCCCUUCCCAAUGUUGAGGUCCAUUGUUGCUAAUGGAAUCGAAACUACAGAUCAAGGUUCCCUGUUUGCAUUGAUGCACUGUGGAGAAAGCAUAUCCUACUUCCUGGCGCCCCUCAUGUUCCAGGCCAUGUACGCCGGUACCCUCCACUACUUCACAGGAUUUGUCUUUGUCAUCUCUGUCCUGUUCCUCAUCCUCCCUGUGGCAUUUACUAUAGGAAUACGAUUCCUGGACUUAAACCAGCCGUCUGAGUAUGAACCAAUGGAUGGGGACACAGAAAUGACGGGAGGUGACCAGCAAGAAGUACCGGAAGAACAACCAGCGCUACAGGAAUCUCUGCAACAGAAUGAGCAACAGCCAAUCAGUAUCAUCAGCGCAGUAGAGAGAGUCUAAACUACAACAUCUAACAUGGAGUCUUAUGACCAAUCAGCUAGGAAACAAAAGUCCUAAUAUGGCCAAUCAGCUAGGAAACACAAAGUCCUAAUAUGGCCAAUAAGCUAGGAAACACAAAGUCCUAAUAUGGCAAAUCAGCUAGGAAACACAAAGUCCUAAUAUGGCCAAUCGUAGAUCAUCUCUAUGUUAAUUAAUACUGUAGCGAUAAGUUUAUUGAAUAUCUGUUAUAAUUUUAAACUGUUGUAAAACUGUAAGCCUGCCAAAAGUCGCUAUCAAUCUUUUAUCAGAUAAUAUCUGAUUGGUAUCCCUUUUACUGCAAUAUGUCUUCAUGAGCUGGUCCAUACCAAUGUGGAUACAGAAUGUAAUGUACAUGAGCUGGGCCAUACCAAUGUGGAUACAGAAGGUAAUGUACUGAAAAUAGCAUACUUAAUUUGCAUAAUUAUACGAUAGCCAAAUGGUUGAUAAUCAAAAGUGCUUAGAUGCGAGUGAUGUAGAUUUUCUGAGAGUUUUAUGUAUGAGUUUGUUGCUGACUUGAUGAUAGAAGAUGCUUUUACAUAACACAUGUUAAUAGUUGCUCACAAUGUUGUAUACAGCACCCGAUGGUGCCAUACAGAAAUGUUUUAAUCAAAAUCAGUUGAAAAAUGCAAGCUUUGACAAUAUGUUAAGUGUUAAUUCUUAUAUAAUCUCUCAACUAAUGAAGGUAAGCAUUUAUCUGCAGAUUAAUAACUGUUUAAACACCAGAAAUUGUUUCAUUGUUGAUGGCAUGAAUGUCAACAAGGACCUUGUACUUAAAUGUAGAAUGUAAGAAAAUGUAAGCGAUAUUGCUGUCGGCACGUGCAUCAAUAUUUUAUGCUUUUAUAAUGUUGGCAAAAGUGAGCUGUCAUCAAUAUUUGAUGAUUUUCAGAUGUUUUAGAUUGUAUUACCGAUCUUUUUUUUUAUGAUUUGAAAGGACACUGCCCAUGUAUGGACCAGGGUUUAACCAGGGGUGACUGGUCAGAAGGUUGAUAUUUUACUGUGCAAUCUUGUUAAGUUUUAUCAGGUUGUGUGUUUAUUCCAUUGUUUAUCAGACAGAUUCCUCUGUAUAAACUAAUAUUUAUGUUUUUGUUGACAUCAUGCAUAGCAUGUUAAUGGCGUCCUUGUGUAAGAAUGUAUAUUGUUAUAAAUUUAAAUGUUCACCUGAUCCUCCUUAGUGUGGGUUUUAGUUCGGUUUAAGUCACAAGGUCAUAUCUUUAUAUCAUUGCUUUAAGAAUGUGUAUCUUUAUGUAAUUUUGAAUUAUCACAAAAGUUCUGUUUACUCUUUAACAUGUUGAAUGUUCAAUCAAAGUAUAACCCUGUUUGUGGAUUAGCCAGUGUUUGUCCUUGUCUGGUGGUGAUUGGUAUGGUUUGUGUAUCUGUAGAAGUGAGCUGCCGUAUUGGGUGUGGUACCUGUGUAAUACAGCUGUUUACAAUAUGUAUAGCUACACCUAUAGUGUAUUUAUUGAUAUUAUUUCCAUUAAUGUCAUGGAGAGAAGAUACAAGAUAAGAUUUGUUUGUUGUGUGACUUGUAGGUUUUCUAUCGUAGACGUAGGUUAACCCUUGAAGUUUGAAUAGUUUAUACAGAUCAAUAAUUUAAACUCAAUACUUCAGUUCUCACCUAACCAGCACCUCAGUUAUAAUUAAAGAAUGAUGACUUCAAGAUGGAUUGGCAAUGAAAGAAGACCACUUAUUUGUCGAAGGAGUUUCCCUUGAGAUUAUUGUUAAUGAAAAAUAUCUGUAUUUGAGAAAUUAUUUAUAGUAAUGUAAAAAUCACAUGUAAUACUGUAGCAUGAUGUUUACAAGAGGCAGUCUGACUCUGAUGUUUUGAUGAGGUGUUUAGAAUUUGAUUCUGACACUGGUACCCAAGUGUUUACAGAUCAUCACAUUGGCGUGGAGUAUUGGCUUUAUUUAGGGAUUUCCUCAUUAGUUCCAGCUGAUCCAAAUUUUGCUCAACACAAAAGUCAUGAUAAACUCAAAGUAGUAAAAUCAUAUAAGAAUAUCUAUGGGAAUGGGAAAACCCUGACCUUUCGUUAUGCUUUAUCUAUCUCGGUCAGGUCUCUGCAACCAUUGAAUGGAAUAGAGGGAAAGUUGCCACAUACCAAAGUUCACCCUUCUUGGGUUGAAAUUUAAAGUACCCUGGUACUUUUCAGUGGCAUAGCUGCAGUAAACGACUUACACAGAACAUUUGUGACCUACAGAAAGCAAAGGUAUUAAAAAAGUGUUAGUUUGACAAAACAGUGUGUAGGUAUGAGCCUGUAUUAUUGCCACUGUCUUUUAUCUCUCUAGUCUAGAUAAUAUGGAAAUAUGGGCACUUCACUGAUAUAUAUACUGGUUUGCCUGUAAAACCAUUUACAAGUGAUUUGAGCAUAAUUUGUGUAUUUUAAUAAUGAAUAUAUUAAAUACCAGUAAUAAUAUUUCCUCUUUUGUGAAUAAUAUUCUAGAUUGAGUUUUUGAAAUCUGACACGUUUGGUGUUAGAUAUAUUUGUGUAGUGUUUGACUGAUGAAGAAUAUGUUUUGAUACACAUUUUAUCAGCUUUAUAAUUUGGUGGUGAGGGCUUGUCCCUCUGUGUCACUUUCACCCCUCCUCCCCUGAAAGACAACAAUUAGAAAAGAGUUCACUUUUAUCUAUGUAGAUUAGCUUAAUUAAACUAAGUCAACUGUGAUGAUAAUUUUGUUUUGUAAAUUAGUGUUUUAAUUAAGGAGUCGCAUCACUUUAUAAUUUAAAGAUGUGCUUGACGAUGUAUCAGCCAUUUUAUGUUGAAUCAUUCUAAUCAAAAUCACAUCAUUAAUUACCACAGUACAUAGAGGAUCAUAGUUUACAUACUGAACUGUGCUAUCGUCAUAGUAAAUUAAUACACAAGUAUCAUAGUAAUUCACCACCAUCUGUAGAGUAUUGUAUUUAAACUGUAAUACACCGGGUGUGGAAUAAAAUGGGACAUGUGGAAUGUGGAUGUACUCUCAGUUCCCGUACUUUGUAACUGAGGGAUAUGUGGAUGUACUCUCAGUUCCCGCACUUUGUAACCGAGGUAUAUGUGGAUGUACUCUCAGUUCCCGCACUUUGUAACCGAGGUAUAUGUGGAUGUUCUCUCAGUUCCCGUACUUUGUAACUGAGGGAUAUGUGAAUGUACUCUCAGUUCCC